UUCAGCCCCGCGGAGCCGCCACCGUUCAGGAGCGGCUGGCAUUGUCGGGUGUGGGUGUCUUGGUGUUUGAGUGACUCGACGAGAUUGCGUUCAGUGUCCUUCCACUCGCUAACAGGUCAAAAUGCAGAUCUUCGUGAAGACCCUGACCGGCAAGACCAUCACCCUGGAGGUGGAGCCCAGUGACACCAUCGAGAAUGUGAAGGCCAAGAUCCAAGAUAAGGAGGGCAUCCCCCCUGACCAGCAGAGGCUUAUCUUUGCCGGCAAGCAGCUGGAAGAUGGCCGCACUCUUUCUGAUUACAACAUCCAGAAAGAGUCUACCCUGCACCUGGUCCUGCGCCUGAGAGGUGGCAUGCAGAUCUUCGUGAAGACCCUGACCGGCAAGACCAUCACCCUGGAGGUGGAGCCCAGUGACACCAUCGAAAAUGUGAAGGCCAAGAUCCAAGACAAAGAAGGCAUCCCCCCUGACCAGCAGAGGCUUAUCUUUGCCGGCAAGCAGCUAGAAGAUGGCCGCACUCUUUCUGAUUACAACAUCCAGAAAGAGUCAACUCUCCAUCUGGUUCUCCGUCUGAGGGGUGGCUGUUAAUUCUUCAGUUUUGAAUUCAUAGUGCCCAGUGAUGGCAUUGCUCUGCACUAUAGCCAUUUUGCCCCAAUUUAAGUUUAGAAAUUACCAGUUUCAGUAAUAACUGAGUCACUGGUUUCCUCAAUAGCUGUUCAAAAUGUUAAUAAAAGUUUUGUUGCAUGGUAGCAUA